AGAACAUGGCACUCGGAGUUUCCUCGAGUUAAGUGAAUCGAGUGAGUGAGUAGCGACUACGGACUCAAGUGUAAGAGAGAUAGAAUAGAGGAAAAAAAGCGAGCUGUCACAUUCCGCCCACAAAAAGGCACACAGAUGCGCGCACGCACUGACGCGUGCGAGACUUUUUUUCGAACCUGAGUCAGGACCAUGUCACAAAUCUCACGAGAGGACAUCUUCGAGGAGAUUUCGAAUUGGAGUACCAGUGACGUGCUUUCUUUGUUGCGAAAGAAUGGACUGGAUGAGUGUUGUGUUGCGGUGGCCAACCGACAGAUUGACGGGGAUGAGUUAUUACACUUGACCGAGAGUAAAUUGACCCUGUGGAAAAAAGAUCUGUCGCAGCCAACGAGACGGACUCUUUGGGAAUUCGUCAACGAACUUAAUCAACAUCCUGAGAAAUUCGUUGUGGGGAAGAGCAACGAAUCCCAUACCGAGGAAUCUCUAAGCGACACAGGUUCUUGGGAUACAGAGUUUGACGAUGAUGACGACGAUGACGUUCAAUCCGAACAGAAUACCAUGGGUGUACAAAACGAAAUAAUUCCAAAGAGUAUCAACUUCCGGGACAGUCUACUUAAAUUUCAACAAAACGAAAAGGAACCUAACGAACAGUCGGGAGGACAACGUUCUUCAAGGAAUAGCAACCAUACCGUAGAUGAUAGCUUCUAUGCAAAUUGCGGGGAUAUAACGAAUCAUAAGGAAGAGAAAGACCACGAGAAGCAAAACACCUAUGCGAAUUACGAUACGGACACAGAUACCAAAAUGAACAAAUUACCUGAAAAAAACGUAUCAAAGCUUCAUUCCCGAAUAGAGAACUCAAUGGUGAAGCAAUUGCAGGAACAAUUUUCAAUUAGAAAUACUAAGAAACCAGAAGUGGGUCCAAAACCGGAGAAGAUGCCGCGGGAGUCGUUCCUUCAUAAUGUUACAGCAAGGGCGCAGUCUGUCAACGAAGUUCAAAAUUUAACACAAACAAAAAUGAGCGUGCCACCACCACCAGAACCUAAACGGAAUUUUAAAACACCUUCCAGUAUAGAUACAAAAACUCAAUCGUAUCCAAAGCCACCGAAAAUCAUACAGAAUUUAGAUCUACUAGCGAAUGUACCAUUGAAGACUGAAGAGAGUGACGACGAUGCCGACUACGAACCCUUCGACGAAAUAAUUCAGCAACAGCAAAUAAAAUCAAUGUCACGUGCCGGUAGUAAACAGUCGCUUAUGAGUGGUCAUCAAAGUUCUUUGGAGAGUGUUUAUCGGCCAUCCAGUAUAAAAAGUUACGAAGAAGAGGAAGAGGACUAUAUAUACGAAUCGAUAAGAGAGGCUCCUGAAGAUAAUGGUUAUUACCUGCAACCGAUAACCAAGCCGCAAAAACCCCCGCCACCGUUACCCAACAAACCGUCCAUUAAACCCACAACUCCGUCCCCAACGACGAAUUUAACAAGACCUCAGAAAAACAACGAACGUUCUCCAGAUAAAAAGUCUGCUACUCUACCACAUUCUGGAAGUAACACGUCUCUGGCGACUGAUAGAGCCACCAGACCACUGCCGCCACGUCCGGAUAGACAAUCGUCGUUCUUGGAACAACCGUGGUUUCAUAAUGUAACACGACAAGAGGCAAAUGCACUUAUUCGAGAAGCGCCUGAUGGACACCCAACCGAUGGAUAUUUUCUGAUAAGACCAUCUUCGUCCAAUCCUAAUAAUCCUUUGACUUUGGUGAUUUGGUACAAGGAUAAAGUGUACAAUGUACCUGUACGAAAAAGAGAUGAUAACAGGUAUGCACUGGGAUCUUAUAAGGAGAAGGAAGAAUCUUUCCUGACUGUGGAGGAAAUCGUGUCGUCUUAUACACGAAAUGAGUUGUUACUUAGCACGGGUGGCGUAAUAGCUGGAAGUACCAAAUUAACGAACACACCGCCAAAGUAACAUCAGACGAAUGGACUGCCCUUUUUUUUUAAUGGUUAAAAACAAAGCUUCACACGAGUAGGUAUUGCAACCAGUGAAGCAAUACCGCCCAAAGAAAAUCAAUUUUAAUUAAGAUCGACGUGCUGGUCGUAAGACUAAUUUGAAAGAGUAUGAAACAUGUUUUUAAACUAAGUAACAAGUACAUGUACGUAUAUAAUGUACCGAGAAUAGGAUUUUGAAAAGACGUUGUGCCUGUGACAUUUAAAACUAUCAUCGAGAUGAUUCUCAUUAGUAUUUAAUUUAGUUAACCAUAUCUAUCUUUUGAAUGCAUACGAAUUAGUCGCGAAUAUUACUUUUAAUGAGCUCGUUUAGUUAGUCAUUUAAGUAAUACCAUUAAAUUAUUCGCAUAAACAAUAUCCAAAAGAAUCUGAUUAUGUUAUAAUAAUUGUUACGAUUAUCAAAAAUGAAAUUUUUAGAGAAUUUCCUUUGCUGCUAUAUUUCUCAGACGAUCAUUAGGAUCUUGUAAAACGUAAUGCAAUUGUGUCUUUAAAUGGGAAUGUACGCCAUAAGGUUUUUCAAAAAUUUCGAAAGUCUCCAGCAAUACAUCGCUUUCACAUUAUUGACAAGCUGCCUACAAAAUCCAACGGAUAUAAGAACAUUUUUAUGAAUCUGAAUAAUUUGUAUUCUACUAGACUAAGUUUAAAUUAAAUAUUCCUAUGUUUUCUAGAAAUUCAUAUUAGUGAUAUUUCAUUUUAGAAGUCAUUAAUCAAAACUACUGUUACGUAUGUCAAUUCCUCAAUUCAAUCGUUUGGGCGUGACUUUCUUUUAACUAAUCCGAUACGAGUGCCUAUAUGUAGCAACUAUAGACAUAUAAAUAUAGACCUUUAUUUAUGUACAUCUUUUAAGUAAAAACUAUCGCAGGGAUAAGAUUUGGUGUUUCACGAUGAUGAAAAAACUCAUUUAUUUGAGAUACUCUCUAUAUUUUUUAUACGUUGGAUUACCUUGUGAUAUCUGCUUUGUACGUAAGCGACAAACUGGGACAAUUACGGUAUUGUGACUAUUUUUAUUGUAUACGUAGGUAUGUAUACAUGUAUGAAUAUAUAUUUUAUAUAUAUAUAAUAUAUAUUAAGGAGACAGUGCACCCACGCUGCAUGAGAAUUAUACAAGUUUAGCAAGUAUUAUAUAAGACGUCCUAAUUAAAAAGGGCAAUUAUUUUGCGGAUUCAUACGUAAGAUUUGUUAAUCUCACUGAUUACUUUGAAAAUUCGCUGAAGGCGGAUUGCGUAACAAUUACGAAGAUAAUAUGCGCUAUGAUUAAAUUUAUGAAGGGUUUUAUAAAUUUUUUUGUAGAAAAUAAAGAGAAAUAUUUGUUUGUAA